AUGGGGAUCGAGGUGCUGGCUCUCUCCCUUCCUUCGCCCGCUUCCCAGUGUAAGGAUUUUUCUAAUGUUAUUUACUUUCCUCGUUGGUGGAAACUUUUUGUUUCUCGUCCCGAUGUGACGAUGCUCCGUGUAGAUUUUGGUUCUAGUUGCGUUUGGGGUGAAGUCAACGCGCUGUUUCGCCUGGAGAUGGGAGUCUCUUGUCACUUUCCUUCGUUUACUUUAUCCAUUCAAGAUUUCGUCUGGGAUUGGGGCUUUCAUCGUCUCUUGUCGUCGUGAGACUGCUGGGAUUUUCACGUAAUUAUCCCCUUUCGAUUAACUUUUCUCGCUGUACCUGUCCUUCUGGAACAAUCAUUUUAUGUACUUCUAUAAUUACGGUAAUGAGAUCCUUGAUCUCUCCCUUUCUUGUGAGCGUGCUGGUUUUAAAUCCGUAGAUCUUGGGUCAGAAUUGUUCAAUGCCUAAUCCUCUGUUUCUUUGCAAUCGGAGGUCAUUAGAAUCGUCUUCAUUGCGUUUUUCAGCUCUCUGUAAUUUACUAUGAAGAGGUUAUGUGUUUUGGUUCACUUUCCUGGAGGACAAUUUCGAGCCUACAUUUGUGAUUUGAUCUUUCUGCCUUUGGCUUGUUUUAGGGGAUCGUUUAUCAUCAUCUCAUCAGGCAAGUACCCGGGGUGUUAUUGAGUUGGGUUCUCUGGAGCUCAGUUCCUCGCAUUCCACUCAGCAGGCAUCCACCAUAUCGAGGUGAGGUCUUCUAGUAGUAUACGGGGGCCUGCUAUCCACUUUAGUUUUAUGUAUCAGAUAUGUCCAUUGGAAGUCAUGGUCUUUAUUUUUUUCUCUUUUCCUCGUUUAUGGGUGACUGACAAUGGUUGUCAACUUUCCUAAGUGAUAAUCGUAUACUGUAGAAAGCUGCUUACUUGAGCUUUUAGUAUAUGGGGCUGGAAUGCUAAUUUCUGUUGUUUCUGUGACCACACCUUUUUCCUGUGAAACCAAGGAAAUUUCUACCCAAUUUUGAUUGCCGUGAUGAUUUUCUCUUGCUGCAUUUUCUUUGUUCUAUGUUAUCAACUAUCAUUCCUUUGUUGAUCUUGUAUUGUAAUAGUGUUUCAAAUCGCAUAUAUACAAUGAAUCUCUUUUGUCAGCUAAUUCCUCCAGCUUUGGAUCUACAUAUAAAUAUAAUUGUCGUUGCUAUAGGUUUUCUCCGCGGCCAAAACUUAAAACCGGAGGUUCUUAUCGUUCUUAUGCGACUACAACAAAAACUUACAUCAGGCCGCUUCUUCCAAAGAACCUCGUGGUCGCAAAACAUCAUUUGAGGCGGUGGGACCUGGCUUCAUCCCCCAUUCAGCGGGCUUCUAAGAGGCAAUUAUCAUCUUCUGAGGCACUGCUGACUUCUGAAAACCAGGAUGCAUCUUCCCGGCUUCUUGUUGACAGCGAGAAUGUUGGAGUAUUGUUGCUUAAUCUAGGAGGCCCAGAGACCCUCGAAGAUGUGCAGCCCUUUUUGUUUAAUCUCUUUUCUGAUCCGGUAAAAGAUAGCUAACUUUAUGUGCUUUUAGAAUCACUAUUUUCGAAUUCACUCUAUUUACGUGCAUCUGACCAUACCUAGUUCUAUAUUUAUUGAAAUGAUAUACAGCAUGCGUAUUAUUUUCGGCGUCAGAUACCAAGUUGGUUUGUUGAUAAUUUAAUUUAACUCCUUUAGUUUCUUAAUUGUUUAAUGGGAAAAUCAAGUGCAUGAAAUCUUGAUCAAGAAUGACCUGUUUUCUUAUAUAGGCAAAGAUGUGAUAAAGUAUGCCCUGUCAUGCUUCCGAUGAUAAAAAAUAUUUUGGUGCUUUGUCAAUGGUUGAGUCGGCGAUUGUUUACUAACAGAUUGUUUUUCAGUGUAAGCGAAUGAUAUGGAGCCUCUACGUACAUGAAUUGCUUAAGAGAUCUAGUUGUGUGAUGUCAUGUGUAGGUCGAGGCCUCAAAAUCGUAGGUGCAUCGUAUGACCGUUGAAAAUUCCAAUGUGGGAUCUUAUUACCAUCACUUUGGGGAGGGAUUACUCAGGUCAUAUCAUUGUUGACACCUUAUGAGAAAACAAAAAGAAUGCUCAUGUGAACCACGAGGGGCUUCUGUUGAUUUGUUAAGAAAAAUUAUUUAACCAUUGAUGCAUUAUGUGGCAGCAUGCAGAGAAGAAGAUGCAAAGUUUGCAGUAUAUUUAUUGAUUGGAUAAAUCUUGAAGAUUGUGACCCUAAACUAUAUAUUACUAAUUAUAAUGCAUGCGGUUGGGAAAUUUAAUUGCAUCUAUGUGAUGACCUACGUACUCUAGUUAUUGGAUGCUACAGCCAGUUCUUUUUGCUUUGAAUCUGGAUGUCGUGCAGUCAUUCGAGAAAGAAAUGUUGUUGCUGUCAAAUCCGAACUAUGUUGAACAAAUAAGAAAAUAUACUAAAGUUCAAACAUAAAAUGCAACUGAGGAAGUCUGUGUAAUGAAACAUGCAAGUCUGGAACUGAAUUAAUUGAAUCAAUAAAAUUUGAAAAUUGUGAACCUGAGCAGUGUAUUUUAGGUAAUUUCUUGGUUUAAGUUAUAAUCUUGUCAUUUAUUGUUGUGAAUGAUUGGGAACCUCUAGGUUUGCAGACAACUGCCAGCCUUUUGGCUGAAAACUUGCCACAGAUCCAGUUCAUAUGUUGAUCCACUGUAGUACUCAAUUUCUCAUGAUUGGAUGUUUAGUUAGCUAUAUGAUAUGAAUGGAUGACUCGCACGUUGCUAACCUUUGGUAGCAUUGCUAAUUCCUGGUACCAUGCUCUGUUCUUUUAAACAUGCAGGACAUAAUACGUCUACCUAGGUUGUUUCGUUUCCUCCAGAAGCCCUUGGCAAAAUUCAUAUCUGUUGUCAGAGCACCAAAGAGCAAAGAGGGCUAUGCUUCCAUUGGCGGUGGCUCUCCUCUUAGACUUAUAACUGAUGCUCAGGUAUGA